AUGACGUCAUUAAGAGAGAAACGCGAAGCGUCUGGAGAGGAGGACGAACGGCUGCCACAUUCUGAAGAAGGAGGAACCAGAGCAGCAGAAAAGGACAAUGGUAGAAUUAAAUUGGGCCGCCUCCGGGAAGACACGAUGCAAGGUCGAUGGCUGCAAGGGAAAUACAAGAAGGAGAAGAAGAAGGGACUCAGAUGGAUUUACAUCCCGAGGGAAGACGAAGGAAGAAGAAAGAAUGGGAGAAAAAUGGGUGACGGACCAUGCGUCGAGAAAAAUAACAAUAGACCGAAUGGUAGUUUCCAUGGACUGCAUAAUAGUAGUGGUGAUGGUCCUGAGAGUGAAGAAAAUUAUUCCGGAUCAUAUGGCAGUAAUGAAGGACUGCAUAGAAAUAGUGUUGAUGACCUGCAGGGCGAAAAAAAUAACACUGGAACGCAUGGCAGAAAUGAAAGACAGCAUAACGAUGGUGGACCAGUUGUUAGCAAAGAAGCUAGUCAGAAAAAAGACAAAAAUAACACAGGAUUGCAUGGCAGUGAUGAGGGACUUUAUAACAGUUUCAGUGAUGGUCCAGGAUAUGACAAAAAUAACACUUUAUCGCAUGGCAGUGAUGAGGGACUACAUAACAACAGUGGUCCACCGAGGAACAACAAUAACACCAUAUUGCAUGACAGUAAUGAGAGACUACAUAACAACAGUGGUCCACAGAGGGACAACAAUAACACCGUAUUGCAUGACAGUAAUGAGGGACUACAUAACAACAGUGGUCCACAGAGGGACAACAAUAACACCGUAUUGCAUGACAGUAAUGAGAGACUACAUAACAACAGUGGUCCACAGAGGGACAACAAUAACACCGUAUUGCAUGACAGUAAUGAGGGACUACAUAACAACAGUGGCCACAGAUUGAAAACAAUAACAACCGUAUUGCAGACAGAAGGAGGUACUACAUAA